AACUGGGAGAAACUAUUUUAAGCGAAAAUGUCUCUGGAAGGAGGCGAUCUGGGACUGGGUAAGGGCUUAAAACCUGGUGGAAUCCCCGUGGACAUUCCUAAGGAAGAAGAGCAAAAGACUAGAAAUAUCCGACUUAAAACCUAUAAAACCCUGUAUGGUGGCAGAGUAGAGGAUAAUUCGAUUUCUAAAGGAGAUGACCUCUUAAUAGGAACCUCGCUUAAACAGCAAAAGAAAUUGUUCGAGAGACAGGUGGCGCAACUAAGCCUGCCUGGAUUGAGCAGGGAUCAUCACCAAUACGGAUUAAUAGAUCAGACGAAAGAUGGAAGAGGUAAUCAGAGUGAAGAAGAUUCCAUUGCAAUUCAAGAUAAAAACGUUCAGAGGAAACUGUACGAAGCUCAAUGGGAAAUCGAACGCUUAACGCAAGAUUUAGAGAUAUGCAAGAACCAGUUGGACGCCAAAUACAAAUCCAUUAAACUCCUCCAGAACCAGGAAGUCAACAGACUGCAAUUCGAACUGGAAUUACGUCAAUCAACAUUAAUCGGAAGCCAAGAAACUUGGCGGGAGAGAUUUGAUAGAGUUUGUAAAGAGAAUAGUGCUCUAUUCGGUAUACUAGCACAAGAGAGGAGAGAAGUAGAAGAAUUGAGGCAAAAGAAUAGAGAACUUGAAAGGCAAACAGAUGACUUAAAACAGGUCUUAAAUGAUAGGGAAAAGAAGAGAUUUGAAUUUCUUGAAAGGGCCCUAAGCACCGAGGAAUCGGACGAUGAAAAGCCAUUUACCGCCGAAGAACUAGCCGUUUUAGGUACAUGUAAUUGUAGAUUGGAUAAAAAGGAGCCUUGUCGUUGCGCAAAGACUUGCGUAACACUGCAUAGAAGAUUGGAUUCCUGUCGGAGUCAAAUCUUCUCUAUCAAACAACAAAGGAUGGAAGCGUUACUAUCAGUAGACGCAUAUCGGCAAGCUUUUGAAGAGCAAUUGAACAGGAAUGAAAAACUUUUAAGAGACUGUUCAAAGACAAUUCAACUACCUCCUCUCGCCAGGGAGAAUGUUUUACAAUUUUUAAGAUGUAUUAAACAUAUAGAUAACACAACAAAAAACAAUGAUGACAAUCCAUUAGAUAAUGUAUCGGAUACUGAUAUAUUCACCAUACUUAUAGAAAUGAUAUCUGAGAGGAAUGAAGCGUUAGCCAAUCAAAGACUGGCUGUGAAGAUACUCGGCACUAAGGUUCAAGAGUAUGAAAAACUUUUAAAAGGAAAAGAGCAAACUAAUGUGAUUAACAUGAAGAGUCUUGUAUAG